CUGAUCUGACUGCAUAUAGCCUAUUUGAGACAGUAGAGGUUGGGUGGGUGGAUUGGUGUGUUGCUGCUGAUUAUCAAUCAUGUUUACAAAAUGAGCAGGCUGCAUAGCAGUAAUGGGCUCGGAUCGUGCUCCUAUCUGAUGAUGAGGAAUCAGAAAUCCCUCCAACUCUUCUGCCGAGCACGAUGCCAGCGGGUUCAAUGCAAUAACAGUCGAAUAACGCUGUAUCAAAAUAGCAGAGUCUUCGUUGAAUCUAAAGUGUCGAAGUACAGCAUAUUGCAUGGCCGGCAUUCCCCAGUAUCUACCCAAAUGUUUAAGCGCAGUCAUGUGAAGAUCAACAUAGGACCAAUGUCUGCGUGUUUCGGCCUCAUCCUGUGCCAAUCGCGCAAAGGCUGCAUGCACCCAUCCGACAUGGAACACAAUGUAGCAUGUAAAGAAUCCUAAAUGUAAAAAUUCUGGAUUAUACUGCAGAAUUUGAGAAAUAAGAGAGAAGCAGGUGGUGGCUGCUUUCUUGGCCUUUUCAAACUGAGGUGUUCUAGUAGCUAUUGGAUUAAGAAAUUCGCACAUAAUAUUGGCCCGAUAAAGAAGUGUCACUGAAAAAUAGUAUACUAGACGAAUAUACACAAGAAGCCAGGCCGAUGGAUGACCAAGGAGAGGCUUAAUUGAUUGGUUUUCAGAUUCAGAAAAGGGCAGCCACUCUGGAAGAUUAUUCUUCCAAGAUUUGAGCGAAUCUUCAAAUAUUAUCUGUUGGUACUGUUGCACUUCUGGGGAAACGGAUGUGCA